CAGCCGUGCAGCCCUCAGCCUGGAAGCUCCUGGAAGCUCCUGAAUCAGGUCUAAUGGAUCUUCACUCAUGGACGAGUCGGCGUUGGAGCGUUACUUUGAUGACUCCAUUGCAAAUGAUGACUUCCUUUUGGAGGAUGAGCUGGGCCUCGAUGGCCCCGCCCCCUCUCUACAGGACUCCUCCCGUCCGCCCGUGAAGGCGAGGCCGAGUGGCGCUGUGGCGGAGGAUCUUGACCUCAGCUUCCUACCUGAUGAGCUCAGCGCGCAGGUCGAGCAGAGUCGUCAUGACAACAAAGCUGAGAGUCAGACUGCAGCUCUGGACAUCUCUCGGGACAGUGGUAUCUGUGUGGACUACAGCUCCCAGGAUUCCACACUAGCAGCAGCUGACCCUCGGCAAGGGUCGUCCAUGUCGGGGGUGGGGAUCGGUGCCUCUCCCUUCUGUCCCAUGACCCCUAUGACCCCCAUGACCCCCAUGACUCCUGUGACGGAGAGGUCAGGGAUCAUCCCACAGUUACAGAACAUUGUCUCCACAGUGAACCUGUGCUGUCCUCUGGAUCUAAAGUUUAUCGCCCUCCAAGCCAGAAAUGCCGAGUACAACCCAAAGCGUUUUGCGGCGGUCAUCAUGAGGAUCAGAGAGCCGCGAACCACCGCGCUGAUCUUUAGCUCCGGGAAGAUGGUCUGUACAGGAGCCAAGAGUGAGGAGCACUCGCGAUUGGCGGCCAGAAAAUACGCCCGGGUGGUGCAGAAACUCGGCUUUCCAGCACGCUUCAUGGACUUUAAGAUCCAGAACAUGGUGGCCAGCUGCGACGUCUGCUUCCCCAUCAGACUGGAGGGACUCGUACUCACACACCAACAGUUCAGCAGUUAUGAACCAGAGCUGUUUCCAGGCCUCAUCUACCGCAUGGUGAAGCCUCGCAUCGUCCUGCUCAUCUUCGUGUCUGGGAAAGUGGUUCUGACCGGAGCUAAAGAACGAGCAGAGAUCUACGACGCGUUUGAGAACAUUUAUCCGAUCCUAAGAGGCUUCAGGAAACAGUGAGGCCAAACGCUGAUGUCUGAUGUCCUGUUUAUUUGUAAAUAGAUAAUAUAUUACUGUUCCAUCUUUUUUAUUUUGUGUUGCGGAUGGUAAAUGAGUCGUUUGUUUGUUUUAGUCUCUGUCGAAUGUUUCACCAUCCUGAAAGAAAAUAAAUGACUUAAUGACAAAUGUGAAAUGAAAAAUUCAAAACACAAAGCAUUGUUUGUCAUAACUGGAGAUGAUUAUAUCCCUAUUAUAUUUUACCGCUGUAGGCAGAUAUGGAAGCAUGUUUUUCCCUUCAGUGAGUGAUUUAUAUCUAUGUAUGAAAAAAUAAAAAUGUACAAAAAAACACUAAUGGGUAGUCAGAAUUAUGAGAUGCUAAUUCCUAAUUUUGACUUGCUAUGUCAAACUUAUUG